CCAGAGGGACGUAACUAGAUUUCACAUGGUUGGUUGAAAAAGUUCAAAGCUUUAUCAGUACACAAAAUUCAGAAAACAUGUAUCCAUACGUACAGCAUGUUUUUUAGUAAUUAUUUUGUGAUUGAUGAUAAAAAUAUGAUGAACUCAAAAGAUAUGAAUACGCUCAGGAUUCUGAGUACAACUUAACUCUUCCAAGUGAAUGAAACCAUCUUCUCCGCCAUUGAAGAUCGAAACACCAACGAGGCAACGAUAUGGAAGCCAAAUCUGAUUCUUCCUCUUCUUUCCUUCCAGGUAUUAUAAAGAAAUCACUACUCGUCAUCUUCGUUAACGGUUUUCUGGCAUGGGCUUAUCAAGCAGCUUGUCCACCCCCACCCAAAAAAACCGGAUCUCCAGACGGACCUCCCAUUACAAACCCUAGAAUCAAGCUUCGUGACGGAAGACAUUUGUCCUACAGAGAAUAUGGUGUACCCAAAGAAGUCGCCAAAUACAAGAUAAUUUAUGUCCAUGGCUUCGAUUCUAACAAGCAUUUUGCUGUUAUUGCCACGUCAGCCUCCUCGGCCCUAAUUGAAGAAUUGGGGAUACAUAUUGUUUCAUAUGAUCGACCCGGUUAUGGAGAGAGUGAUCCAAACCCUAACCAAACUUUAAAGAGUUCGGCUUUGGAUAUCGAGGAGCUUGCUGAUCAAUUAGGACUUGGAUCAAAAUUCUAUGUUGUUGGUUUUUCAAUGGGUGGUCAAGUCGCUUGGACUUGUUUGAAUUACAUUCCCCACAGGCUAGCAGGAGCGACUCUUAUUGCUCCUGUGGUUAAUUACUGGUGGCCACGUUUGCCAUUGAAGUUAUCACAAGAAGCGUAUUCGAAGCAGUUUGUGGAAGAUCAAUGGAGCCUACGUGUUGCUCAUUACCUUCCAUGGCUGACAUACUGGUGGAACACUCAGAGAUUCUUUCCUUCUUCCACUCUCAUUGCUAAUAGCCCUGAUAUUCUUUCUCCUCAAGAUAUACAACUUUUGCCCAAAUUUACAGCUGGAAGGGCACCAUUACUUGAGGGACAAAUAAGACAGCAAGGAGAAUACGAGUCCCUCCAUCGUGACUUGAAUAUUGGAUUCGGUACCUGGGAAUUCGACCCGAUGGAUAUUGAGAACCCGUUUCCAAACAAUGAAGGAUCCGUUGAUAUUUGGAUGGGUGAUGAUGAUAAAAUUGUGCCUGUGACACUGCAACGUUAUAUUGCUAAACAGCUUCCAUGGAUAAACUAUCACGAGCUCAAGGGUGCUGGUCACUUGUUCCCUUAUGCUGAUGGGAUCAGCGAUGCUAUCCUAAAAGCGCUUCUCCUUGGUAAAAGUUAGCUUUUUGGGCUCGUUUUUUUCGCUAUAUUUAAGUGUUCGGGGUUUGGAAGAUAAUAUUAUUACUUAAUGUUUGUAAGCAAGAUUAUGAGUGUUUGAUCAAAAAAUCGAUGGCUAAGGUUAAUGACAAUCACCAAGAGGUUAUUGAUGGUUAUAAAA